AUGGUUCGACAAAGUCAGAGAAAGAAGGCGGCCCUUCCAGAACGUUUUCGCAAUGGAGAGGAUCAGGAAGCUUCUUCAUCCUCCAAAUCUGCAGCGCCAGCUCCUACUACACCAGCUUCAGUUGCUUCUGCAUCCUCUACUGCUCCACGACUAACUCCUUUGUACUCUUCUUCAUCCUCACCAAGUGUUGCACCUAACACCCCUACUCCAGUCUAUAGAAGAGCUGAACAACAAAGAGCUUUGUUGCCGUCAAGAGCUGAGUUAGAAGGUUCGCCAGAGCCAGAUGUCGAAGAACCUGCAGCUUCUAUUGCGUCAGCUCAGCCAGUUGAGCCUGCCCAGAUGCCAGCUCGCACACCUGCUGAUGACUAUGACAUCAAUUCGCCUUACUUUGGCUUGAACCACACACCAGAGUGGGAUGAUUUGGGAAUCGAUAUUGAUGACCAAAGCCAAGAGAGAUGGUUCCCCCCCGGAUUAAUGGCCCCUCCUUCUUACGACUCCCUUUCCAGCGCUGCGAAGCUCAUGCUGUUUCACGAACUGACCAAGAAGAUGUCAUUCAAGAAUCUCGUCUCGUAUCUCGGACUCACCGAUCUUCAACUCAUCGAUUUCACGGAAGUCUACGAAGUUGAGGCUCAGCGGAACGCGUUGGAACGUACGCUCACACUGGUUGCUAUGAAACGAUUGGACAGUAUUCGAAGAAACGAGGGCCGUUUGAUCACAAUUGAGGAUUUUGACUUGGCUUUACUGGAGGAGGUCGAUUCGAAGCUACCAGACACAGCUCUUGAAUCUCCCAUUUCGCUUUCUGACAUUGGAAAGGCUAUCGCCUUUCUCCAGAGCUGCCACGGCUCGCAAAUUGCUGGAAGCCAGUUGAACAAUGGCAGAGGUAGAGACAAUAACACGCUUUCAUUGUCUGAGGUCAAUGGGGUCAUUACGGAGAUGGGAAGAUAUACUCGGCUUGGUAACGACUUUUGCUGGGACCUUGAACACGAACUGGGCUUGAGAGAAUACAUCGAGAGUGAGACCAUUCUUGCUGGUGGGGGUGGACUUUCUGGUGACGAGGCUGAGCAGCCAGCUCGACCUCCCAUUGGUCGACCAAAGAAGCGUGGCAAGCAUUUCGCUAAUAAGCCCCUUCGGAACAAAUCAGACCUCUUGAAAAUGGUCUUGCCUUCUAAGCUGCAGCAAAUGGAGAGCGUUGGAGACGAGGCUGGAGACGAGGCUGGAAAGAAGGCUGAGGGUAGUGGUUUGAACAAGGGAAAGGGUCGGGGAAAAUGA